AUGGAAACUAACCCUCGGCUUGGAGACCCGAGUGGAGAGGCGGUAUCCAAUGAACCUUUCCAAAUGACCGAAAGAGGAAGAAAAAGAAAAAUUUUGGAAGAUAUUAAUAAUAUUAAUCAUAAUAAUGAUGAUAUAACACCAAAAAAAAAAGAUGAAAAUUUGAUGAAAAUGGGUAUUAAUAAGACUUAUGCUGAAAUAGUCAAAAAUAAUGAAAAUAACAUUAACAAAAGUAAUACAAAAGUAAGCAAAGCGAACAUAAGAUUCUGUAAUCUGGCCAAAAAGAAACCAAUUUCUAAACCUCCUAAAAUAAUGGCCAAAUCUAAAAAGGUCAUUAACCACUUGAUUCCUGAGAAAAAGGAUAUUAUUCAUGGAAACUCUUUUAAUUUAAAUCCAAACCAAAGAUGGAUCAUCUUCCAAAAACAAUGCGGAAGAAAACAAAAAAUUUUUAGACAUGAAUUAAGAAAGUGGACACCAAUAGAAGAAAUUGAUUUCUUACUUCAUGACAAACUCAAAGAUCUCAUGAAAAUUUGGGAUAAACCUAAAGUAAAUCACAAAGAAUCAAUGAUUACUUGGAGAAAAGCCACAAAAGAAAUCCUUAUUGCAGGAAUGAUUACUAAAAGCUAUGACUCAAGAAAAUUUGAUGACGAAGGUAAUCGAAUUGAUAAUAUCAUAAAACUACAAAAAGCAUUAAAAAGAACAACUACUUUUCAAAAAAAAGUUAGAAAUGACUUAAAAAAGAAAGGUAACAAAAAUGCUGAAUAUAGAAUUAGGCAAAUAAUCAAAAAAAUAAGAAAAAGUUCAAAAAUAUUGAGCAAAUUCUUCAUUUUAAUGAUCAAAGAAUCACAAAACUUGGAGAAAGACUCAAAAU